AUGUUGUAUCAUGCCAAGGUGUACGACCGGAGCGGGAAGGACAAGAGAUUGAGCGAGUGGAAGAGCGGGAGCAAAGAGAGGCGGGUUGUGGUGGCCAGCAAUGCAUUAGGGUUGGGAAUCGACACCGGAGACACCAGAGCGGUUGUGCAUGCCGGAAUGCCACGGGAUUUGGCCAAUUAUGUACAGGACAGCAGACGGGCGGGGAGAGAUGGGUUGCCUAGCGAGGCGAUUGUAUUAUUACCAGAGGAGUCAGCUAAGCGCCGAAGGGGGAUUAACAGCCGGGAGUUAGGUGGGGCGCGACCCGUCGUUUACCGGCAUAAAAAGGAGACGGGGGAUAGGGAGGAGGAGGAGAUGGCGCGUGAGGUUGAGGAGUACGUCUGA